AUGUCCGAAGACGAAAAGAAAUUAUCUAAUAUUCGCAAUAUUGGCAUCAUGGCUCACAUUGAUGCUGAGUACCAAAUAAAUAUUAUUGAUACCCCUGGACACGUUGACUUUACUGCCGAAGUGGAAAGAUCCUUGCGAGUUUUGGAUGGCGGAAUAGUCGUAAUGGAUGGCAAAAAAGGAGUGGAGGCUCAAACUGAAACGGUUUGA